ACGUCAGAAGGGAGUCUUCGCCUCGAGUCAAAACAAAACAAAACACAAAAGAUCUACGAGGAAUAGCUGUUUGCCUAUGUCCAUUAACAGCACAAGGGAAAAUAUUUAGCUUUAAAUCCAGUCGUAGACCAAGUUACUGAGGAAAAGCUGGUUUGUUCCGACUUUUACUGGAGGGAUUUUAACUCGUAAAAACUGGAGUUGGCUAACUAUUCUCUCCCUAGUACAUAGUAAAACUACGCUUUCGAGUUUUGUCUCAGAGGCCGAGGGGCUUACGACUGAAUUCAAGAAGCAGGCGAGCUAUAACUUUUCCUCAUUUUUCGAAGGACAGCGUGGACGACUGUAUUUGGAGUUAGGAAGACUUCUACAGGACGGAUCAAUUCGGCUCACAGUGCCCGCGCGAGCAUCGUGUGUAGCUGCGUGUCGAGGAACAUGGCAGAUGGUGACACGCGCCAGCACACAGCGUGGAGGACAGUGCAAACUUGAACGACGAUAAUACAGAUAUUAUCCCCCUUUUUGCUUUUAUGGUGAAACUCAAAAAAACAUGAUCGAGCACUCCUGUAAGACAUUGACUUUGUCUUUUUUAUUUUAAAAUUUUGAGAGUGAUGAUUUUUUUUUUUUUUUUUUGUUAAAACGUGCUUUUCCCCGUCAACAUCUUUAUUCGUUUCUUUUGGCGUAUUCUUACUCAAAGCAUUGAAGCUAUGCGAACUUGAGAUGCAUUCAUUUCUUUUUAUACCUUAUUAUGUUUUAUCUUAAUCUCAAUAAUGGGUUCCGAUUGACAAAAUAAUAUGACAGGCGAUCGGUUGAUUUUGACAGGCAGCUAAAACGAGUAAUUCCAUUCACUUGAAUUAGUUUACAAGGACAGUAUUCUUACACGUGUUGUAAUUGUGCUAGAAACACGAAAAUACUUCGUUUACAAAAGUGAGUAGUGUAGGACGUGAUGCUUUCAAUUAAUGGUGGUUUAUCUCUAUUUGUGAAAAUAAGCAGGUUGUAGUUGUUCUAAAAGCUAUCUAAUUGCUAAAGCAAAUCAACUUUUCGCUUCUAGGAAACAGUGGGAGGUGAUUAUUUCAGCAAUUACAGCACUUAUUCUCAUUGGUUUUGCAAUUUUACUUGUAUAGCUGCCUCUACAAGAAUUAUACUAUUUAAUACAUUUUUUUUUUUUUGUCUCUUUAGUGUUGAUAAAGAACACAUCUUGUGUAAAAUUUAAUUGACCGGCCAGUCACUCCAGCGUGUCCAAUCUCUCGUGAUUUUAUUUUCUGUAGGUUGUUUCGCAAUCCAGCUGUUUUGAUGUUGUGAUAAAUGUAGUGAAUUUCCUUUGUUCUUUCUACAUAAACAAAGAGACCCCUCUUCUAUCCUCGUUUGUUUAUGUAAAUCAGAAGGGUUAUGUUAGUUACUAUUAAGGAGAUUAUUUCGCCCAAUCUGGCCUAAUCUCCAAUCUGAGGAUUAACUGACGCUAUACUGGAGUGUUAGGAUUAUUAAGAAUUUGCUCCAUUACCCUUUACAUAGAAUCGAUGCGUUACGGUUAAAUUUGGCAUUCACUAGUCAUUUUUCUGGAUAACUGCCUCCUCGAGAUAUUUAUACUGUAGUGUAAUAGACCGUGAUAAUCAACCGUGCAAAAUCCCAAAUUCCUAAACCAGAUUAUUGCACAAGUACUGGAUUUGUUAUAGUUAUAAAUAGUAAUCUGUCGUAGACUUUGUUUUUUCAACGUUUAUGAAUCGCCAGGAAACAAGUUAAUUUAUAUCUAGUCUUCGUUUGAAAUUGUCUGGAUUGCAACGCACAAUGGAGGAAGAAAACGUACCCCCGAUUGACCCAGAUUUUGAGCCGCAGAGCAGACCGAGGUCAUGUACAUGGCCGUUGCCUAGACCCGACAUCUCAGCUGUCAAAGCAGGCGGGGCAGACGGCUCAGAGUCCGCUGCUGGAACUCCGCCCGCCGAGGAAGAUAAACACGAGCUUCAACCAAUAUCCGAGCCUGACAAAUUUGCGCUCUCAGAGGGCGGAGCCCUCGCCGGAGUGGGCGGGGCCACGCCUCGUAAAGGCUCUUCGCGGCGUAAUGCAUGGGGUAAUCAGUCCUACGCAGAUCUGAUCAGCCAGGCGAUUGAAAACUCGCCAGAAAAACGACUCACUCUUGCGCAGAUCUAUGAUUGGAUGGUUAAAACGGUGCCGUACUUUAAGGAUAAAGGCGACAGUAACAGUUCUGCUGGGUGGAAGAACUCAAUUCGCCACAACUUGUCCCUCCACAACAAGUUCCUACGAGUGCACAAUGAGUCCACAGGAAAAAGCUCCUGGUGGAUGCUUAAUCCUGAGGGGGGUAAGACUGGCAAGGCCCCUCGCCGCCGUGCUGCCUCAAUGGACAACAGCAGUAAACUGCUUAAAAGUCGUAUGCGGGCAAAGCAGACUAAAAAACAGGCUGGAGCAAGCGGCUCUGGUGGUGCCAUGCAAGGUGAUGAUGUUUCUGGCUCUGGAGGUGCAGACAGUCCUGGGCCUUCAGGCCAGUUCGGGAAGUGGGGAGUGAACAGCAGCAGCCCCUCCUCUCGUGCUAGCCUGGAUGACCCUGAUAUGUGGACAAGCUUCAGGCCACGUACAAGCUCCAAUGCCAGCACACUUAGUGGUAGGCUGUCUCCCAUUGCCACAGGGCAAGAAGAAGAGGAUGAAUUACCUGAGAAUGGGCUUCUUAGUGGCUAUUCCACAGGUAAUCUUCCCCCAACACUAACUGAGACCCUCAUGGAAGAAGUGGACUUGAUUGAUGGGCUAACUUUAAUGACAGGUCCACAAGGGGGUGCCAGCCCAAGCACAGCUCCCCCUGCUCCCCCUCAGCCACUGCCUUCUGCAUCCACUCUGUUGCCUCGAGGGUCCGGUUUUCCCUCAUUUAGGCAGCUGCAGCCAACGAAGGCUUUGCAGGGAUCAGCUUCACCAGGGCCACAGAGCUCGGUCCAAUCAAAUGCUCGAUCCAGUGCAAGCCCUUCCAGCUUUGGAAACUCGCUGUUUAACCCUCUGCCUGGUCCUGGAUCCCACAGUGGUUUUAGCACUCAUGUGCCCUCCAACCUUGAGUCUCUCCUUACCUCUGAUUCACCCCCACCCAGUGAUGUCAUGAUGACUCAGAUGGAUCCUCUCAUGCCAAGCCAAAGAGGUGCAAGCGUUUUAGGUUUUGGGGGUUCUGUGUCCUGCAGCCAGACUAAGCCAGGUCAAAUGAUGUUGAGCAAGAGCAUGGAUGCAAGCACAGUAGGGCAAAUGACCCUCCAACCUCAACCCCAAAUCCAGCACCCUCAAAUGGGCUUUGGAAUGAUGCAUUCAGGCAUGGGCCAGGAGCCAUCUCCAUUCACAGCUAUUAAGACCCAGCAUCAAUUGCAAGGGAUUGGUCUUCUACAGCAUGGAGGUGUCAAUUCACCUGGUGGGAAUGGAGGUGUUCAAGGUACAGGCCAAUUUGCUUCCCCACCCUGCUUCAUGCCUUCCCAAGAACGUAUGCCUAUAGACUUGGAUAUUGAGAUGUUCACUGAAAAUCUGGACUGUGAUGUGGAUUACAUUAUCAACAGUGAUCUAAUGGAUGGAGACUUGGUUGACUUCAACUUUGACCCUAUCAUACAGAGUGGGCAGGGUUAUGCAGGGCCAGCGACCACAAAAAGUUCCUCCCAUAACUGGGUGCCCAGCUAACUCUAUUAUUAAAGAUGAGAACAGGACAGUCACCCGUCCUUAACACAAAACAUUGAAAACAAAUGUGCGGCACAUUGCCAGAACAUAUUCUCAAAGUUUUGCCUCUGCAUUGCCAUUGUACCUCAAAUACAUAAACUGCUUUGGCUAAGGACAGUGUACACUUGGCCAAAAAAUCUUGUCAGAAUUUUCAAAUAGAUGACGAAAGCAAACCUCAUUUAUGUCAAGUGCCAGUGUCAACUUAGAAGUGUGCUGUUGGACACAGAGACUGAACUUGGUCUUGAAACAUAUAUGUAUAAAAAAAAAUUUUUUAAUUGUAUUUGUGCAACAUGUUUUUGAAAUUUGCCGUUUAAUUAGAGUUGUCUAGGCCAAUUGAGAGAAAACAGACUAGAGAAGCACAACUAAUAAACAACUAAUCAUGUUUAUUACAGUUAUGCCAGUGAUUAGUACUACCAGAGUAGUGUAAGAUGGAGAGGGUACUCCUUGAUCUUCUUUACCCUAAAAAUGGAACUCAUUCAGCCAGGAGGAUCAAAUUCUUCAUCUUUUGUUUUAUGUGAACUCUCAUUCUUUGAUCAGCAGCUGAUGGGUUUGAGUGGACUUUUUAGUCACAAUGCUGCAUUGAUGCUGUGAUUUUUCAAUUACACAGCUGACCUGAUGUUGCGAUUGCUCUCCAACCCCCUCUGAGGAAAAACAUGUCACCACAGGAAUGUUAUGUUGAGAACAACAUGAUCCUCUCCAUGUUUUGAGCCACUGACUGGCAAAGGUCCCACCGAGCCCAGAACAUGCUUUGAGUGCAUGGUUGAACAGUUUACUGUGUGCUCUAAAAAGCACUGCCUCAGCGGUACGAAGCAUACAUUUGUUUCUUAUAUGUGAAAGGGGGGAGGAUGUUUUUGGUGAUGCUUUGGCGUUCAUUGUGCAAUUUGAUUGGCUUUCAAGACCUCUGCUCAUAAGAAGGUGUAUAUCUUCUGAUGUACUGAAGAGUAGAGGAUGAUUAUCAAAUGAUUGCAUUGUCUGCUCUUAAAGGAAUGUUCUGGAGUCGACUGCAUCUGGGACAUAAUGUUGAUUAACACAAAUACCUUUUGACUAAUCUCUCCUUGUUAAAAACAAACAAACCAAACAAUCUGGGUUACAGUGAGACAUUUACAAUGGAAGUGAAUGGGACCAAUCUGAAAACACAAAAAUAUUCAACAAAAAAAAGUCACAGUUAAAAAAGAAUAGCCAUAAGAUGUAAACUAUAUGCUUCUCAACAUGAUUUUAGUGUUAUAAAAUCGCUUACUAACCUUUUCUACAUAAAGUUAUUUCAAUUUUACACCUUUGUUGUCAUAACGUCUGUGACAAAUGACUAGAUGGUCAUCUGGCUAGAACAGUAGUCUGCCACAAAAAUGACAAUUUAAACAACAUGGCUUAAAUAAUACACAAGUUUUAAUAAAAUAAUUAAUGUAAGAGCUUUUAUAAAAUUACAAGCUUCCCAUUUUGCCUUUAAACCCUCCAAAAAAUGCCACAUUCACUUCUAUUGUAAAAGCCUAAUUUUGUUUUUUUAAAAGGAGGGAUGAGUAAACAAUCAACAUUAUGCCACAAAUGCUGUCUUUUGGGUUUAACUUGUAGUGCACCUAGAAUAUUCCUUUAAAUGUUUGUUAGUGAUGACAACAGUAUGAAGAAAUGUGAUUUUACAUAGGGCAUUUUGAUGCAUUUUUAAUCCUGUCAACAGGUUAAAUGGCAAAGUGUUAUUGCUGGGAGUUGAGAGCCCUUUUGCAGAAUGCAAUAUCUGAAGUUUUUUCUUGUGUGUGCAGAAAGGUGUGUGUGUGCGCAAAACAAAACUUGAUUCUAACACACUGGUGACAGAAUUCAAGGUUAUGCUGAAUCAUUUCAUUUAAAAAGUUAUUUUCUGGGUUAUUGGUGAGCUUGAAGAGAAAAGCUACAAUAAUGAGUACUUUUAUGAGAUGUUUUGGCUCCUCUGGCAUAUUGACUGUGCCCACAGAGACAGGGCAUGAAGACAUUUUUUCAUUGAUCAGUUUUUUUUAUAAACAGCACUACUCAUCUUUUGUAGAAACAUUAUACAUGAACAAAAGCAGUUGAAAUGUUUAGAUUGGGGUGUUACCAUUAACAGAUACUAAUAAGAAAACGUGCUGUUAAUGUUUUUUUUAAAUCUGAGCGGAAACUAUUUCAGAUCAUUUUUAACGGUCAUUUUCUAUGUAAUCUUUUAUUUUUGUAAAAGAUGAGAUGCAUGUAGAUUUUAUACAUGACCAAAGGAACACUAAAAACUGCAUGUCAGACAGCAAGGGCAGGGGAUGGAGGCGUUGCAGUGUGGAUAAGCUUUACAAAACUGUUCAGAAACUGCUCUCACCGUGUAAACUAAAGCACAAAUUGAUUAAUUGCUGGGUGUGUUUAACAGAAUACCAUGCUCUAAAAGUGGAAACGUCUGUAGUUGAUUAUGCUGAAAGAAAGAAAAAACUGAUUUGCAUCAUGAGCACUUAUCGAAGUCUUGGCAAUGUAACUGCUUUCAUCUCAAAAAACAAAACUGGCCCAACUGAAAUUUGUUAAUGCAAUGUUUCACACUCAGGGUUAUAAAAAAAUAAUUAAAUAACUUCUGCAAGGAAGUAAUGACAUAAUCAUGUUAUGACAUUGCACACAGCCUUUUCAAAAUUAUGUAUGAAAGUAAUUUAUGCAAGCCAACCAUCAAAUAGAUAUUUUAACGUUGCAGAAAUAUAGAGAUUUAUCUAAUGUAUGCAUUUGUACAAUUCCUACCAAAACUCGUAAACUGCCAAUAAACACUAGCAUGUCACUCCAGAGCAAACCAUUCAGUUUUAAUGCCUCUCUCCUUACAAGUUUUUUUUGUGUGUGUUUUUUGUAGUAAUAGGGUUGACAUUUUUGUUUUGUUUUGAGCAUUUUGCAGGUUUUUGGUUAAUUCCUUUUUGUUUGUUUUUUUGGUGGUGUAUAGAUCAGCUUCCAUUUGAUGGCUGAACAUGACCUGAUCUUAUCACUUUAAUGUAAGGGUCUGAGUGCAUUAGCUAAACUAACUGUUAAAGCACUCCUUACAGAGGAAUAUUUUUUCUCGUAUUGAUCGGUGCUAGAUAUUAAACAUGACAAUUAAAGAUUGGUGCAUAUGUAGAUAUUAGGGCCUUUACUAAUUUUAUGCAACACAUAUUGAGUAUAAUUUCUUAACGUAGAAAAUAGUAUGAAAAAUGUACCUAUAUUUUAAUUCCCAAACUCUCAGUUUUUGUAUAUUAUGAUAAAGCUGUAAAUGGGGCGGGAAAGGCUUGGCCAUUUCACCACAUAUGUUGUAACAAUGCACCUCCUGAAUGGUGUUUGUGGUGUAAUUACGGGCUGAAUUUAAACCCAGGUUUACAUUAAUCUUGUCUUUUGGGGCAUACUUUUUUCAUGUUUGCAUCUGUACGUGUAAUUGAGUUUUAUACUUGAAUGGUACACAUUUCAGAAAACCUGACGGCUGACUGUCAACUUUGACAUUCUCUGAAGUGAUGUCUGAAUACAAAGUAUUUGAUCAGAUCGAAAGUGUUUGUUUGGGUUAACACCUUGGCUCGUUUUCACUUCUUAAAGAAGAGUUGACGGGAAUGUUGUAUUAGCCCCAUUAGACAGUCUUUAUAGGGCCGCUGCAUGAAAUGCAGGAAUUCCACACCUUCCCUCUUCCCAAAUCACUCUUACUAUCCUUGUUUGAUAUUAGCUUACAUUUUUUCCUUUACCUUCUCUUAAUUCCUGUAACUUUUCCAAGAGUUUGCUAAAUAUCCCAGUUGAUAACAAAGGACAUUUUUUUAUGGUCUGGGUUGUUUUUCUCCCCUUUUGUAUUGGGUUAUGGCAGGAUGCAAGACUGACGAGUUGUGCAUAGCCAAUAUACUGUAUAUGUUCGUGAUUGUUUUCUUUUUUUUAUGAAUUUCCCUCUUCCCCUCCCCUUUGUUAGCCAGAAGUCACUGAAAGCAGUUCAGCAUAAUAGAAAUAAACCUAAUCUGUUUAA